AUGAGACCAAGACCUGAACGGGAAAGCAGAACCGGAUCUGAAGAGACAAAGAACAGCAGAGGGGGUGGUUAUAGAGGGGGUGGUUAUAGAGGGGGUGGUUAUAGAGGCGGUGGUUAUAGAGGGGGUGGUUAUAGAGGGGUGGUUAUAGAGGGGGUGGUUAUAGAGGGGGUGGUUAUAGAGGGGGUGGUUAUAGAGGCGGUGGUUAUAGAGGGGGUGGUUAUAGAGGCGGUGGUUAUAGAGGGGGUGGUUAUAGAGGCGGUGGUUAUAGAGGCGGUGGUUAUAGAGGCGGCGGUGGUUAUAGAGGCGGUGGUUAUAGAGGCGGUGGUUAUAGAGGCGGUGGUUAUAGAGGGGGUGGUUAUAGAGGCGGUGGUUAUAGAGGGGGUGGUUAUAGAGGCGGUGGUUAUAGAGGCGGUGGUUAUAGAGGGGGUGGUUAUAGAGGCGGUGGUUAUAGAGGCGGUGGUUAUAGAGGGUGGUUAUAGAGGGGGUGGUUAUAGAGGCGGUGGUUAUAGAGGGGGUGGUUAUAGAGGCGGUGGUUAUAGAGGGGUGGUUAUAGAGGCGGUGGUUAUAGAGGGGGUGGUUAUAGAGGCGGUGGUUAUAGAGGGGGUGGUUAUAGAGGCGGUGGUUAUAGAGGCGGUGGUUAUAGAGGCGGUGGUUAUAGAGGCGGUGGUUAUAGAGGGGGUGGUUAUAGAGGCGGUGGUUUAG